GCUCAAGUGAAACAUGCGUGCUGAGGUUCCUUGAGCUUCAAAGAAAUCUCGAUCUGGGCUGAUGUUGAUCCUCUCUGCUGACCUGCUGCUGUGGCUGAAUGCGGUAACAGAGGACUCCAUCCAUGAGGAGAUCGAGUUAGAAAGAGAAGACAGCAACACAAGCUUAUCUAAAGCAGACAUGUUUGAUUUAGCAAAUGUGCUUCUCCUGGUUGCGGCAGCCAUAGGCCAGCUCGCCCUCUCCUACUUCUCUCUGGUGGCAGCCCUAGCUGUGGGGACCCAAGGGCCUCUGGGGGAGUUAGACCUGUCCUACUCCCUCCUCAGCCUCAUGGAGCUCAUCCUGCAGAACAUCUUCAUCAUUAAAGGCCUCCACAGGCACCCAAAGCUCCUUGCCAAGAAGGAGCGGAGCAGCAUAUUCAAGCCAAAGAAAAAGGUCAUUGUGCCAGUAGAAGAUAAGGGGAAGACUGAUAUUUCAGUGCUGGAUGCAUCAGCACCCCCUGUUGUUCAAGCGCAUGCUGAGAAAAAGUCCUGGACCAAAAGAGUGAUAGAAGAAAUCUGUGCUUUCCUCAUCCUAUCUAAUACCAUGGUAAUGUCAUGCUUAUCAGCUGAUUUAAAAAGAAACAUUUGCAUUUUCAAAAAUGUCUGUAACACAUCGACGUUCCCUCCUCUUCCAGCUGUGGGUCAUCCCUGCGUUUGGAGUCCACCCUCAGUUUGAGAACGGUGUGGGGAAACAGUUUUCACUGACUAUAUGACUGUAAAAGUAGAUAAAACAACAUGAUGCACAUCUCUAAAUGAUUAUAUGGCCAAAAGGCUUAGGAAAGGCACCUUAGUUCCAAUGAAGGAGAAUCUAAAUGUUAUAGCACACAAUCAUAUUUCAGAUAUGAUGUGUUUGUUUCCAAUGAAAUGGCAAGAGUU